AAAAUAAAUCGUUUUAUGAUGGGACAAAGGAUAAAGUUUGCUUUGGAGGCACACAUAAAAUAUCAUGGUUUAGGUUAAAAUCAGUACUUUGUCAAAGUUAGGGAAAUGUGAUGAUUUGAGUUUAAAAUUUGCGGCCUACUCAUCUAAACCUGGGGGGCUUCGUCGUCAUGGUUACAGUAGUGAAGAUGCGGUUAUGGUUACGGAACGAUCAUUGUGAUUCUUUAAAAAAACUAAACAACGUUGACGGUCACAACAGCAGUAUCCCGAGGUGAAGUCUGAUAUUUGGUUGGCCUAACCAUCCAACACGACCAUCUACCCUGGCGGACUUUGAGGAUAUAAUGUUUAAGAUGAUGGAGUGCCGCGGAGACAGAAAGACAAGUGCGACUCGGAGCACCAACACCGACUCGGUGCAUUCAGCAAGACCCUGCAAUGAGGGCCGGGCGGCGGCUCUGCGAUAUGUGGCAAAGACCCUCCUGAACGAGAGGGAGAGGGAGGGGGAGGAAGAGGAAGAUCUCUGCUCCGACUUCCUCUCCUCCUUCAUUAACACCCUGGAGGACCGGCAGUGGGAGAGCAUACGGGAGAGGAUGAGACAACCACUGACACAGACUCACCUGGCCCGGGUGUCCAGGAGGAUCAUCAGGGUGGUGUCUGAGCUGGUUUUCCAACUGCUGGUCCCGGCUCUGAUGGACCGCCUCCAGGCCGAAGACGACUUUCCUGUGGCUUCCAGAGGCUCCAGCAAAUCCUGCAAGUUGCAUGGCAGUCAUAGCGAGGAGGAGACUCAGAGCACAGACAGCAGGCCCACCUCUCACUCAGAUACACCUCUUAACAGAUCCUCCCCUGUGAUGGUGAGACCCUUCAUCGAAGAUCCUGUCCAGAAGUCUUCUGGAGUCAAUGAGGAAAGUCUGGCCAAGUCGUUGGGAAGAUCUAUAUCCCAGUCCUCUGCCAGGAGCAUGCCGGGAAAAGUAGAGCAGCAGGUGAACCAGAGCCCAACUGGGCUCGGUGCCUGCACCCCUCCUCUUGAAAGCCAUGCUGAGGUCUGUGCAGAUCAGGCCCAGGAACAGGUGGCAGAGGUCACGUCUGUCACCGGGAAGGCCUUGAGCUUUGUGGAUGGAGGCUUUGCAGAGGUAGAAUUAUGGCAGGACGUCGAACAGUUUUUGGUACCGGCAACAGAGGAGGUGAUCUCAGCUAUCAUUAAAAGCAUGGACGUCUGUCAAGAGAAGAUAGAAGCAGGCGCAGAGACAGAAAAAACUGCAACGAAAAUCCUGAAACACCUGGCCAUCAAAAUGAGAUCCUCAGAAUUUACAGAGGAAGAGACCCAAAACAGAUAUCUGGACCAAUUUGAUCUGGAAAGUUUGGAAGACUUUGAAAAGGACUUCUUUUGCAACUUCACACACCUUCACGAGAAACUUCAGUGCUCCAUCAGCAAAGUGAGAACAGCCUUUAAAAAUAGAGAAAGAGAUGGAAAAACACUGCAGACAAACCCUGAAGUCAGAGAGGGAUCACCUCUUCAGGGCAUGAUGAUAACUUAUCCGAUGACCGUGUGCUCUCAGGAUGUAGUCAAAGACCUAUCAUGCAGGAGGUUUCGUCAUACCAGCCUGAAGGAACUGAAGGAAUUCCUCAUGAGGUCAGUGCAGACGUUUUUCUCACAGAACUUCGGGGCAAUGGCCCCUUCGCUUGAACUCUGCAUGGCUUCUGUGGACUCUGUGGCCUCAGAGAUGCUGGAUGUUGUGGUGAACAGUGUAAAUCAAACUGUGCCAGCCACAGCCAACGGAAUCUACCCUUCCUUGGCAACAGUCUGAAAACACCACAGUG